AUGGAGGUGAUGGAGAGAGCAAGGGAGUUGGUGAGAGGGAGAGAAAAAGUGGGAGAGAGGAAGGGAGAGAGAGGGACAGGCUUCCUCACCACUGCAGUGGCUGAUUUUGUUGUUGCUUACAUCCCCCCCUCCCUCCCUCCUAUCCUCCCUCCCUCCUCUGCUGCAGUGUGCACUGCCUCUGAGAAAAACAGCAAACAAUCUCAGACACACACACACACACACACAAACAGACAGCGCUCCCCAUACACACACACCCACACACACACACCCACUCAGGAACAUUCACACUGGCUCAGGCGAGAAGGUGUACUCUUUUCUGCAUUAGUACAUCACACACCCGACCACACAUACAUGUAAACACACACACGGCCAAGCCCAAUGCAAAAACACACAUAUACACCUCUCUCUCUCUUACCUACUACUGGCUACUCUCGCGCUCUCCAUCCCUCCUUCCCCUGGCUGCGUGUUAGAAUUGUUAUUGAGCCGCAGAACUGUCUUGUUGCAUUAGUGCUGUGUGUGUGUGUCAGCCCUGUCUGCCCGAGAUGAGCAUUAGCACAUCAGCUCAUGGCCUCUUGCUGAGAGUGACCUGGAUAAGCACACACAUGCACACAACCGGCAGCAGCUCCAGCAGUAUUUACCGAACACACACUGAGCCGAGAGCGUGUGAGACAGAAUGACUGAAUCAUGUACAUGACACACACAGUCUAUCAUGGGUGCUCCCAGGUUUUAAGAUGACUGAGAGGAGCAGAGAGAGAUUGGACUGCGUGGCUGGGAGGGCCAGACAUUUUUGUUGUAGCCCCGGGCAAAAAAAACCUGAUGCCUGUAUGUGCAGUUAAUGCCGUUUUCCCCAAAAGAUUAAUUGAAAAGUCCUGGAAAAUAAUGUAUUGAAAAAGGUGGAAGCCUCUGGCUAACCUGCGCCAUAACACAUAGAGGCCCAUCUCGUUCUCUCUCCAGUGUCUAACCCUCCUCCUUCUCCCUUUCUCUCUGUGUGUUUCAGAAGGUGGAAGAUGAGGACAAGGACAGCCUGGUGAGGAGAUCGCAUUCUCCUGAGCCUCUGGUGUCUCCUAACAGCAAACUGUCCGACAGCGACGCAGCAACCAAGGUACCACACACACCACACACAAACACACACACACACACACACACAUGCCACAAGGUACGACACACACACACACACACACACACACACACACACGCCACAAGGUACCACACACACCACACACAAACACACACACACACACACACACAUGCCACAAGGUACCACACACACCACACACACGCCACAAGGUACGACACACACACACACACACACACACACACACAGGAAGCAGUCUACUGCUCACGUUGACAACGUAGCAGGUUGAAUUGACUACACUCACCCCUCCCCCUAACCUUCCUUGAAACCCCCUAUGGCCUAACCCAACCCCCCUACCACGUAACCCCACACAAACUGGGGUCAGCCCCUAACACACUCUCCUCUUCUCAAACACGCACACACAACUAUAGCUACAAACUUUGACAUUCAGAUAUAGGUUUUAUAUACUAACUAAUACAGAUAUCUCUUCUUUUUGGUUUUAUCUACAUGUGCUAUUUUUUAUCUCCAGUAUAUUAACGUGUGUAUUAAUGUAUUAUUAUGUUGUUUACAGGCUAAAGCCCAGGCUACUCUGGUGUUCAACCGCCUGUUCCCCCACAUUAAGGAAGAGCCUGGUCACCCUACCAUGGUCCAUCCCAGGUAUGUUUGUUUUCCUAUUUGGAUGUCUUUUAGCCCACAAUGGAGGCUAAUCUUCCAAGAGUCCUGGGGACUGGCUAGCUACAGUAUGUUUCUUCCUCCUGGGAAGACCUGACCCUUGAGAAUCCAUUCCAAGUAACUUUCCCAACAUCAUCUCAGGGACCGUUGCUGGAGCAGUGCUGAAACCCUGCUCGGCCCCCUACUCUACCUCCAGUUGACCCUACCUUGGUGUGUGUCAGUGUGACUUUGUGGUCUUCUGCUCAGUAAUCGGCUCCAGAUUCAGGCGGAGACUAGCUGGUUUAUAGGAGGCAUGGCAGGGCAGGGCAGGGCAGCAUGUGACCACAGGGAGGAAACAGAAAGGCUAGACUAUGGGAUUAAAACUGACCGCUCAACAGGACAUGUCUGCCUUAGACUACAGACUCAGACCCAACCAGACCAAAGCUGGUUUCCCGCAUUCAGUGGUUUUCACAAUGGUCGUUACUGGAUUGCAACGUUAGAACCAAGUGUUUUAUAUAACACCAGUGAGUCUCGCUAACCUGUGAAAACAUGCCCCAUAUUAAAGGUGCACUAUGCAGAAAUGGAUCUGCCAUUUCGUGGUUGCAAAAAUUCUAAUAGUUUUGGGCCUCCCGAGUGCUGCAGCGGUUUAAGGCACUGCAAUGCAGUGCUGAGGCCUGGGGUUGGAGUCCUGGGGCCGUGUCCGGGAGCCUCAUAGGGCGGCGCACAAUUGGCCCAGCGCCGUCCGGGUUAGGGGAGGGUUUGGUCGGGGGGCUCAUCACGCUCUAGCCACUCCUUGUGCCGGGCCGGGCGCCUGCAAGCCGACUUCGGUUGUCAGUGGAACAGUGUUUUCUCCGACACAUUGGUGCGGCUGGCUUUCCGGGUUAAGCAAGCAGUGUGUUAAGAAGCAGCGUGGCUUCCCAAAAAGUUACAUAUUGCAGCUUUAAAGAGAGAGUUACCAUAAUUGAUGUAUCAAUUUUAGUGCAACUUGGAUGCUAAAAAUGCACAAGUUGUAUACGUAGAAUAACGGUGUGCAUGUGUCUCUGUCGCUCUGUACCUGUAUAUACAUUUGAUAACCAUCUACUCUCUCUCUCUCUCUCUCUAGUCACUUCCUGUAUACGUAUGAUAAGAUGGUGGCUCCUAACGUGUCUCUGAGGGGACAGUCGGCGGUCAGCCCUGAGGUACUGGGGGUACUGCUCAAACACCACUACAGCAGGAGACUGACCCAAGGCCACGACGACACUGCUAUGGGUCAGUACCACACACAGACGCGUGAACACACACACACAGACGCCACACAUGGAUGAAUCCCCCCCAGCUCUGCUGUAGUGUCAGUCAUGCUGCUGCGCCCUCCUGUCACACAUACACUACCAGUCAAAAGUUUGGACACACCUACUCAUUCAAGGGUUUUUCUUUAUUUUUACUAUUUUCUACAUUGUAGAAUAAUAGUGAAGACAUCAAAACUACGAAAUAACACAUGGAAUCAUGUAGUAACCCAAUUUAUUUUAAACAAAUCAAAAUAUAUUUUAUAUUUGAGAUUCUUCAAAGUAGCCACCCUUUUGCCUUGAUGACAGCUUUGCACACUCUUGGCAUUCUCUCAACCAGCUUAACCUGGAAUGCUUUUCCAACAGUCUUGAAGGAGUUCCCACAUAUGCUGAGCAGUUGUUGGCUGUUUUUCCUUCACUCUGCGGUCCAACUCAUCCCAAACCAUUUCAAUUGGGUUGAGGUUGGGUGAUUGUGGAGGCCAGGUCAUUUGAUGCAGCACUCCAUCACUCUCCUUCUUGGUCAAAUAGCCCUUACACAGUCUGGAGGUGUGUUGUGUCAUUGUCCUGUUGAAAAACAAAUGAUAGUCCCACUAAGUGCAAACCAGAUGGGAUGGCGUAUCGCUGCAGAAUUCUGUGGUAGCCAUGCUGGUUAAGUGUGCCUUGAAUUCUAAAUAUAUCACCGACAGUGUCACCAGCAAAGCGCGCCCACACCAUCACACCUCCUCCUCCAUGCUUCACGAUGGGAACCACACAUGCGGAGAUCAUCCGUUCACCUACUCUGCGUCUCACAAAGACAUGGCGGUUGGUACCAAAAAUCUCAAAUUCGGACUCAUCAGACCAAAGGACAGAUUUCCACCGGUCUAAUGUCCAUUGCUCGUGUUUCUUGGCCCAAGCAAGUCUCUUCUUCUUAUUGGUGUCCUUUAGUAGUGGUUUCUUUGCAGCAAUUCGACCAUGAAGGCCUGAUUCACGCAGUCUCCUCUGAACAGUUGAUGUUGAGAUGUGUCUGUUAGUUGAACUCUGUGAAGCAUUUAUUUGGGCUGCAAUUUCUGAGGCUGAUAACUCUAAUGAACUUAUCCUCUGCAGCAGAGGUAACUCUGGGUCUUCCUUUCCUGUGGCGGUCCUCAUGAGAGCCAGUUUCAUCAUAGAGCUAUAUGGUUUUUGCGACUGCACUUGAAGAAACCUUCAAAGUUCUUGACAUUUUCCAGAUUGACUGACCUUCAUGUCUUAAAGUAAUGAUGGACUGCCGUUUCUCUUUGCUUAUUUGAGCUGUUCUUGCCAUAAUAUGGACUUGGUCUUUCACCAAAUAGGGCUGUCUCCUGAAUACCACAACACAACUGAUUGGCUCAAACGCAUUAAGAAGGAAAUAAAUUCCUCAAAUUAACUUUUAACAAAGCACACCUGUUAAUUGAAAUGCAUUCCAGGUGACUACCUCAUGAAGCUGGUUGAGAGAAUGCCAAGAGUGUGCAAAGCUGUCAUCAAGGCAAAGGGUGGCUACUUUGAAAAAGAUCAAAUAUCAAAUAUAUUUUGAUUAGUUUAACACUUUUUUUGGUUACUACAUGAUUCCAUAUGUGUUAUUUCAUAGUUUUUAUGUCUUCACUAUUAUUCUACAAUGUAGAAAAUAGUAAAAAUAAAGAACCUUGGAAUGAGUAGGUGUGUCCAAACCUUUGACUGGUACUGUAUAUUAAUACAUUAGUGCGUUAAAGUCCCAGGUCGCGUCCCAAAUGGCACCCUAUUUCCUAUAGAGCACUACUUUUGCCCAGAGCUCUAUGGGCAAAAGUCUAUGGGUCAAAAGUAGUGUACUAAUAAAGGGAAUUGGGGUGCCAUUUGGGAUUCAGCCCUAGAAGUGUGUGUGCAUGAGGGAGCAUUUGUGUGGGUGAAUGUGUUGUAUGUCGGGGUUGUUAGGUGAAUGGUUGUUCUCCAGCUGUGUGGGAGGAUGUGUGUAUUUGUGCGUAUAUCUGAAAAAAAUAAAAAUAAUGGGAAAAAAAAUAUCUGCCUUGCAUGUGUGUGGGUUGACUGCUGUGUGUGGGUUGACUGCUGUGUGUGUGUAGGUGGAUCAGACUGUACUGCUUCCAUCUCUCAACUUCUCUCUCUUCCUCCCCCCCCCCCCCCCCCCCCUCCCUUCUCCCUCCUCAGAUCGCCACGCCUCUCCUCCUGUUGUCGACGAGACCAAAUCUCAGCAGCACGUCGUUUCUGCUGCCGACCGGGAGCGCCAGCAGCCAGUUUCCAUGGAGACCAGCCCCGGCAACAAGAGUUAUUCUGCUGUAGCGGGAGCCACGGUGACUGCGGUAGUAACGUCAUCGGUAGCGGCGCUGGGGAGUAAAGAUGUUCUGUCUUCAGGCUGUGAGGACGACAAGGACAGGAUCGUAGUGGAGAUCGUUCAGAUGUACAGCAGACAGCAGGAGAAACUGCACUCCACCCUUCACAAACAGCUGCAGCUAGAGAUGGUGAGAGACAAGACACACAGUGAGACAACUGGAGAUUGUCUACUCCACCCAUAGAAACAGAUUUAGCCAGAGAGUCAAUAGCAUAAAACAAUGUUUCUCAAUCUAUUCAUCAGGGACUCCUCAGGUCUUCUUUGUUCCUACCCAGCACUAACACUCCUGAUUUAACCAACAAGAGGGCUUGAUAGACCAAACAACCAAGACGUUAGGGUGUCUUGAAAAUAUUGAGUCCCCCCAAUUCAUUGAAUUCAACAUGUUGCAUUUUUUAAAAUCAUCAGCAGGCAUAGGACAGCAUUUCAAAAGCAUUUAGUAUAUCCCUGAACCUCUCAAUGAACUGAACUGCUUAUGGGGAAUGUAACUGACCAUCCCCUGUAUCUCUCUCUCUGUGUCUCUCUCGCUCUCUCUCUGUCUCUGUGUGUGUAAUACACUGUCAUUUAGAGCUAUGUAAUUGACCAUCCCCUGUAUCUCUCUCUCUGUCUCUGUGUGUGUAAUAUACUGUCAUUUAGAGCUAUGUAAUUGACCAUCCCCUCCCCGUCUCUAGGAGUUGGAGGCGCUGCGUGGAGGCGAGGCAGCCAGGCUGCAGCAGUUGUCUGCAGAGCAGCGUGAGCUGCAGAGUGAACUGGAGGCGGUCCACACUGAGCACGCCCAGAGGCUGGGCCAGGUGAGGGAGGAACAGAGGGAGUUGGAGCACAGGCUGGAACAGCUGCGACGGCAGAGCUGUGUGUGUGACAACAUACACACACACCAGGAGGCACACUACGCCAACCAGGUAGGCACUGGAGAGACACUCGCACACACCACCACAUCCUGCUUGACCUCAGACAACACAACACUUAGUCAGUCAGUCUAGGAAAAUAUACUCAUAUCUGUUCCUCAUAUCUGUUUGUGACACUGUAGUGGUGUGUGGUGUGUAGAGGACACUGGGUCUUUGUUUGGGUUUCCUGUACUGAGCUUUAUCUCGAGAUAGUGCUGCUGGGCUCAACUCAGGGAGGAAUGUAACACACACACACACACACACACACACACACACACACACACACACCCCUCCUGUCCUGCUGUCUCCUUCAGCCUUGGCGUCUGGCUCAGACUGUCUGGCUGUGUGUCUGUGUCCAAGUGUGUGAGUGUCUGUGUGCUGUUCAGACAGUUCAGACUAACCUGACCUCAUCUCUCUCACUCCUUCUUUCUUCCUCCCCUCCUCCCUUCCCUCCUCCCUUCCCCCCUUCCCUCCCCCCUCCUCCUUUCCUUCCCUCCCUCCCUCCUCCUCUCUAGCUGGCGGAGCUGCGUAGGAGGUUGGAUGGUGCCGAGGCUGACAGGGAGGAGCUCCAGGAGGAGUUGAAGAGGGAGCGGGACACCCGGGAGAAGCUGGAUAGGAUCAUCUCUCAGCUCAAACACCAGAUGGACCAGACGGCCUCUUCCUCAUCUUCCUCCUCCUCAGCCACCACAAUCGCUACAGGGAGCCCCUCUUCACCCCCCACCCCCUCCACACACACACCCCACACAGAGGGACGCACCGCAGGCCUCGAGCAGCAGAACGGCCACGCUCAGAAGUAG